AUUCAUCUCUUUACCACUUGUCAUCCCUUUCAGCAUCGAGCGCCCUUUGCCCCCUCCCUUUGAUACCCUCCGCCUUUCCAGCAUCCACUCAACUUCUCAGCGGUCACGAUCUUCCUUUCUCGCUGAUCCUUCUCAGCUCGCUUUCACGGCUGCAUACACUCGGACCAUAGCAUCGCCGCUCAACAUCAACAAGGCAGACACUGCCCUCGUUGCUUUUGACGUACAGAGACAUGGCGUCACAGCGUGGCUUUACAGGGCGUAGCCAUCCGCAGUCCCCGCCAGAGUCAUCCUCGUCCUCGAUAAGCGGCUCGACGCAGGCCACGUCAGUCGCAGCGAGCUGCGAGGCAAAUCAUCAGGACAAGAAUGACGCAGCGCAAGCAUACCCAGACACACCUCGCCUGCCGUCAUCUCUCGCAAAGAAUCCCGCGGGCGACAGUUCCACACCUCAGCGACCAGGCAGCUCGCGCUUUGAGAGUCUGAACGAGCUGCUCCAGAAGGCCGGCUUCAAGGACACACGAGUCAUCACGCCUCAAGCAAAGACGUUUGGCGACAUGGCGAGCAACCUGAAAUCGUCGGUGCGGUCCUUCUCUGGCGGGAAAGCUGACAGCAAGACUCAAUACAGUGACGACGGCCCGGACUCGCCCACGCUCAACGCCCGAGCAGCGAGUGAAGCGGGGCGUCGUGGCGGCGGUGGAUGGUUUGGAUGGUGGGGCCAAAAUCAUGGCGAGGCGUCGACCUCGAGCGAUGUAGCGACUCCCAAGGCUGAGCCGGCAGCUUUGCCUGCUGAAGGUAGUGACGAUACCACUCCCGCCGCAACACCAUCAAAGACAGCCCGUCUCGUUCGCCACGCCCGCCAGCAAUCUAGCAUUCACGACAGUCCUCGCUCUCCUCGCGGGACCCGCACCUUCCCCGUAGCAAGUCCGAGCAAGAGACGCAUCUUCAUCCCUGCGACAAGCCCAGCCAAGAAGGCUGCGAGCACGAAUACCCUCUGGAAGGGCAGUCUCGCCUUUCGCCGGUCGAAGGCGAACCUCAAGGAGGCAGCCGCAUCAGCAGCGGGUGCAACGCCAGCGCUCAAGACGAAGACAUCUCUUGGUCAUCUGAGAGGAGGUGGACACGCAGCUGCAGUCGGCGUUGGUAUCUCGACUUUCGACGGCGGGAAAGCUCUCGGCAGCUUGCGCAAGUCUCCGUCCGAGCGAGGCAAGAGAAAAUUGGACGCUGCCUCCGUCAAAGCGCUAGAGAGCCCUACUCGAGCACCAUCUCGUGCGACUGUCGACGAAUGGCGUCGCUCUCUUGCAGACAUUACCACCACGGUGGUCUCAAUUGACGAUGCGGAAGAGGAGGACGAGGACGACGUGACUUCCCCUCCUCGCUUCAUACCGAAGGCUGCCCCUAGCGCUGCCGUCGUCUCAUCCGACCUCUUCGCAUCAGUUGCCACGCCCCUCGUCAGCUCGGAAGCAGCCGUUGCCCCACGCAAUUCGGAGUGCUUUCAAGGUCCCGAGAGGAGAGGACUCCGUCAUGCUAGAUCAGUCGAGGCGCUGAAAGCGGCCAUGGAGGCCAAGCGCGAGAAAGGGCGACCGGCACUUAAGGGCAGGCACAGCAUCAUUGGGCAGCAGAGUGCGCGAGACGAUGUCAUUCCGCCUGUGCCCGAUCUUCCUCCUCAGCACGCUGCAAGCACCAUCGUGUCCAGCCUGCCUAGCGACCCCAGCAUCGCCUCGCAGUCGCUCUUCGACUCGCCCGUGCGCACGACGUACCAAGCAGAGGACGCCGCCGUCAUCUCUCCGCCACAGCCGCCCACACCUCAGCCGCCCGUCUUGACCCUCACUUCUCCCACUGGCGUUCACUCUCCACAAUUCAUCAACCUCUCCGGCAAGGAGUACGAUGCCCACACCUUCUCCCCCACCGAUGGCCGCAUGCUAAUCGAUGAUGGACCUCUACCCCAAGCACUGCGCAACCUGAGUGGUCGCGAUCGUCCUGGCAAGCCGACGCGCGGAAGACGAAUGAGCGCCAGUGCUGGUAGCAGCGGCAGCUCUUCGUCUUCUGCUGACUUGUUGGAUAAACCCAAGCGAACGAGGAGAGGAUGCAGGGGUGGGAGGAAGCACAAACCUGGCGGCACUGAGAGCCCGACACAGCGACUGCUCAGGAAGUCAGCUUCCGUUGGUGUGCUAGCAGGAGUGAGCGAUACGCAGGCGCUACGGCGGACUGCGGCCGCUCGUGCCAAUUCUGGUGGCCGCCAGUCCCCAAUGAUGAGCUUUGGAGCGGCAAUGGCAGGUCAUGAGGAGGAUGACCCUUUCAUGGCUCAUGUGUCGAAGCAAGAGGCGGGCAAGGCUCACUCUCGGGGUAUCGCAGACAUCCUGGCAUCUCGAGACGAGGAGAAUGAGGCGAGCGAGAAUGCUCCUGGACCACCUGCAUCAGCGCAGCGCGGUGUAAGGACCACGGCCUCAACUGGCAGCUUACGCGGCCGCAUUGUCAGUCGCCCGAGCGGCAGUAGCGGCGGCGGCGGCGGCGGCGGCGGCGGUGGUGGCGGUGGGCGACGUGGUAGUAUGGACUCGCCUGUCAAGGCAAUGGUUGCCAGGCGUGGGGGCAAGGUUGCGGUAGUCCGACAGUAGAGGAUGGGUACCACAAGCAGGGACCCAUAUUCACGCAUCGAUCGUAUCAUAUUACGUAUAUCUAAUGAGCAUCUUAUGAGGACCAC